AUAAAUCAGCACAAGUAUACGUGUUUGCUGCCUCUCUUAUUAUCUUAAUCUAUUUUAACAAAAUACACUUCCUUAUAUCCAUUGAAGGGAAUACAAUCAUCGCGAUGACAUCAUGGACUAAAAGAGUUACAACUGACAUUAAUUGAAUGCGACAAGUGGACCGAUGGCGACUCGUGAGUGUUCCAAUCUAACCUCGCUUGCACCACUCGUCUCAGACUUUCGAUAAUAUUAAACAAGAUAAAAAAUGAGUGCUGACUUAGCUGGGUUCAUAUGUGCCGUUAUAUUGGCAGUUUUGGUGCUACUAUGGAUCGCCUACUGUAUGUUCGUGAGGGAACGGCCUAAGGCAGAGUUCUAUCAGUACAACAUCUGCGAUUUACAACGACGCCAGCAAAUAUUAUCUGAUCUAUCUGGAGAUAAUACUGAGACCAAAGAGGUCACUGCUGGGAUAUUUAUACUGCCACCGCGAAACAAAAACAUAGACGACGGUUACGAAAAGAGGCCAGAUUACCCUGAGAGCCCGCCACAUCGUAUGGAAGUGAGCACCGAUAAACUCGUAGAGAUAUGCAACGAGAGCUCAGUGGGUGCUGACGUGCACCACAAAGGUGGUAUAGACCAAGUGGACAAAACUAUUUCUUACCAUAGUGAAGUUUAAUAUAUUACCAUUAUGCUUCUUUAACAUCAGUAAUUAUUGGAUUUUCCAACUCGCACUUCUUUGCUUCCAAUUAAUUUCACAUGUGAUAAACAAACUAUUAUAUAUAUACUAACAAAGACUUUAACCAAUUCAAGUAAUAAAACCAAAAAAAUUGUGUGGACGUUUAGAUAGGUUAUUUCAAUUAAAGUGUUAUAUAUUUUUAUUAACUUAAUUAAAAUGAAACUGUGUUAUUA